UAGUUCUGGCAAGAUAUAUAACUUCUUGCCUUGUUAAGGUGUCUAUACAAAAUAUACUAUGCAACAGUUCUGGCUGUGGCGCUGGCCACAAAAAUAAAGAACCAGGUUGGCAUCACAGAUUGAUUAAACAGCUCACGUCCAGGUAUCAAUUUUCCAUAUAAAGAGGGAAGCCAGGCCCUAGAUGGAAACUGGUAGUGGCGAACUCAAGGAAACAAACAAAGAACUCGUAUCUUCCAUUAAAGAAAGGAUAGAAGCCAUCUCAUCAUUGAGAUCCAUCUUCAUAGUGCCAGAGAAGCUUAGAACAUCGGGUAAUGAUCAUGGGAAUGAAAUGUAUAUCCCUGAUACAGUUUCCAUUGGUCCCUUCCAUCAUCACAGAAAUGGAAACCUAAAAGUCAAGGAAGAGCACAAGUUGCAUUACCUUUAUACUCUGCUCAGUCGCAAGCCGAACCUGGAAGCAACAUUGCACCAAUGUAUAAAAGCACUGGGAGAUAUAGAGCAAACAGCAAGACAUUGCUAUGAAGGAACACUCAAUCAUAAGAGCGACGAGUUUGUGGAAAUAAUGCUCAUUGAUGGCUGCUUCAUCAUUGAGCUUUUCUUGAAGUAUGCUUAUAAGGGUCUGAGACGCCGUGGUGAUCUCAUAUUCACCUCGGAGCUGUUCUUUGACGUCAGGAAAGACCUCAUUUUGCUAGAAAACCAGAUUCCAUGGAUGGUUCUUCAGAGUUUGUUCGAGAUUGUGCCCAAACCAACACCUCGUACUCUCAGCGAGCUUGCCCUCGGUUUCUUCAAAAAGAUGUUACCAGGAGAACUGGAAUUUCUCAGAGAGAAGUUCAGCCAAGAAGGCAACCAUUUGCUCGACCUUAUCCACCAGUGCUACAUCCCUACAUAUGCGAUAGUUGAAUCAAAGAAAGCUGGGGAACCAAAAGCAGAAGAUAUGAAGUGUGCAUCAGAUCUUCGGAAACAUGGAAUCAAGUUCAUGAGGUACACAGCCGCAAGCUUGUUAGACAUAAGCUUUUAUAAAGGGGUUUUCGAGAUUCCUCCACUGGAAACCAAGAAGUACAAUAAGAUACUGUUCAAAAAUCUUAUUGCACUUGAGCAGCAUCAUUCUGAUCAGAUUCAGUACUUCACAUCUUAUGCCAAGCUCAUGAAAGCCUUCAUCAGCUGCAAGGAAGAUGCCAAAUUGUUCACACAUCUGAGGAUUGUGGUCAGUGACAGUAAAGAUAAGGCCAAGCACAAGGACAGGGAUAUGGUGAAGGAAGAAGCUCUUUCACUCUUCAGCAGCCUCUGCGAUCGAGUGGAUGUGAAGAAGUUCUAUUAUGCAGGAGUUGUUGGAGAGGCGAACGAUUAUGUGACAAAAGGGAAAUCAUGGUGGCAGAAACUUAAAUGCGGUUGCCUUAUUUGACUUUUUGUGCUCAUUCUCUUGGAGCUUUUUGUGUGUGCGCGCGCGUGAGAGAGAGAGUUUCACAGUCAACAGUUUUUCACAACAAUUUCCACCCAAAAAAAUAAAAUAAAAUAAAAAGGAGUGCUUUCCCCUUUUUGAUUGCCAACAGCAACAGGGUAGUAAUAACUUCGUGGGAUUUUAUGAUGAAUGAUUAUAAGCAGUUCAAAUUU